AUGGACGACUCAGCCAAAGUCCUCUCCGAGGCCCUCAACGUAGUCAAGGUGCAACUCGUUCAAAUGAAACGAUGUCUCGACGCAGAUCAAGUCAUGGAUGCGCUCAAGAGCGCUUCAACUAUGCUCUCCGAGCUCAGAACUUCUUCGCUGUCGCCCAAGAACUACUAUGAGCUUUACAUGGCCGUAUUCGAUGCACUGCGACAUCUAUCGAUUUAUCUCUACGAUGCUCAUACCGCCGGCAAACAUCACCUUGCCGACUUGUACGAGCUUGUGCAGUACUGCGGAAACAUCGUUCCUCGUCUCUAUCUCAUGAUCACCGUCGGCAGUGUAUACAUGUCGAUACCCGACGCACCCAUCAAGGAGAUCAUGAAGGAUGUUAUGGAGAUGAGUCGAGGUGUUCAGCAUCCCACCCGAGGUCUCUUCCUUCGUCACUACCUCAGCGGUGCGACACGCGACUACCUCCCGGUCGGUCAAGGCAUGGGCCCUGGCGGCAAUCUCCAGGACAGCAUCGGUUUCGUGCUCACCAACUUUAUAGAGAUGAACAAGCUGUGGGUCCGUCUCCAACAUCAAGGCCACUCGCGAGAUCGCGAGAAGCGCGAGAUGGAAAGAAAAGAACUUCGCAUUCUUGUCGGAACGAACCUGGUUCGCCUCAGCCAGCUUGAAGGUGUCGAUCUCGAAAUGUACCAGCGAACCAUCCUUCCUUCCAUCCUCGAACAGGUCGUCAACUGCAAGGAUGUCAUUGCGCAAGAGUACCUCAUGGAGGUUGUCAUCCAGGUCUUCCCCGAUGACUUCCAUCUUCGUACCCUUGGACCCUUCUUGUCUGCUUGUGCAGCUCUCCAUCCGAAGGUCAACAUCAAGCAGAUCGUCAUUGCUCUCAUUGAUCGUCUUGCCGCUUAUGCUGCACGUGAAGCGGAAAACGAUAGUCCGGAGGAGAUCAAGAGGCAGGAGGAGGAAGCGAGUCGUCGCCUUGCGGAAAAGACGCAACAAAUGAGGAUGACGGGCCAGAGCGCAGGUCCUGGUUCUGUCUGGGACGAGGUGACUGCUCAAGGCGACCCCAAGGCUAAGGCCGCUGACAUUGCGGAGCCUGCAUCCCCUACAGCUGCCGAUCUCAGCAGCAUGCCUCCACCUCCUGUCGAGCCGAGCGGGUUUGGGAUGUCCUCUGCUGACCGAGAUUCUGCAGCAGCACCUAAUGUUGCGACACACAGCUCUGAAGAGCCUGUCUUCCGUAGUGUGCCAGAGGGUCUGGACGAGGAUGCUUGGGGAUCGGCUGGAGGUAGCGGCGCAGAUGCCGGUGCAGUCCCUACGGCAGGCUCGAGUACGUGGGCAUCGCAGACCGACGAUGGAACCGAAGCGAGCAGCGCACAGCUCACUGCCGAUACGGGUGCUACUUCCACUGCGGCAAGCGCUGCUGCACAAGAUGAGCACAACACUCGAGCGCAAGAGUUCCCUUCUGCCGGGUUUGGCACUGGCAAUGGCACCAACAGUACCGACGCGAACGGCGACGCCAAGAAGGCGACUGCACCCGCACAGGCUCAAGCUCCUCGCCAAGCAACGAUCUCCGAAAAGCCCGUUGGCAAGUUCAGAGGCAUCCCUGACGAUGUACGCCUCUUCGAAGUGUUUUGGGAGCAGAUUGUGCAGCUUAUCCGUGCUCGACCCGAUCUUUCCAUUCAAGACAUCACGGCGUUGCUCGUCUCGCUCGCCAACCUCUCGCUCAGCUGCUACCCCGACAAACUCGAGUAUGUCGAUCAAGUGCUGGCAUUCGCACGCGAGAAGGUCGUCGAGUUCGAACAGAGCCCUGACCUUCACAGUCCAGCGACAGCCACCAACCUCAAUUCGCUGCUCCUCUCGCCCAUCAAUUCGUACCUCACAGUGCUGACGUUGUUGGCGCUUCCCUCGUAUCUGUCGUUGCUGUCGGUGCAGCCCUACACAACGCGAAAGUCUAUUGCACAAGCCGUCGUCAUGUCGGUAUUGCGCAACGAGACUGUCAUGUCGACACCUGAAGAUGUCAGUGGCGUUCUGGAUUUCUGCAGUCCUAUCAUUCGCGAUCACAAGGAUGCUCUCAUGGGCGGGUUGCCUCAUGGAGGCAUGUAUAUGGGCGCAGGUGGUCACGGCGGUCAAGCAGGCUACGGCGGCAACUACGGUCACUACGGCGGUGGAGGCGACGCUAGAAUGGUUCAAGGCAUGUAUGGUACCGGUGUUCGCGGUGUGGGUCGUCAUCACAUGAUGCAGUACGAUAUGGAAGAGAUGGCCGAGGAACAAGGUUGGAUCGCUCGCAUGAUUCAUCUUUUCCGCGCUGAAGAGCUUGAGACGCAAUUCAGCUUGCUUCAAACCGCACGCAAGCACUUUGUUGAUGGUGGUGAACGGAUCAAGUUUACGCUCCCUCCUCUUAUUACUUCUGCGAUUAAGCUCGCUCGGCGAUACAAGCUGCGCGAAAGGGAGGAGCCGAAUUGGGAGUCAAAGAUGUUUACGCUUUACAAGUUCAUCCACCAGGUGAUCUCAAUUCUGUACAACAAGGUCGAGUCUUCAGACAUCUGCUUGAGGCUUUUCUUGUUGGCUGCGCAAUCGGCGGAUGAAAGUGGGUUUGAAGAGUUGGCGUACGAGUUUUACGUUCAGUCGUUCACGAUCUAUGAAGAGUCGAUUUCGGAAUCGCGCGCUCAGUUGCAUGCAAUCGGCUUGAUUAUCAGUACGCUUCAGACCGCACGCGUUUUCGGAACGGAUAACUACGAUACUCUGAUCACGAAGGCGGCAUUGCACGGUGCGAAGUUGUUGAAGAAACCUCAUCAAGCAGCGGCGGUGAUGAUGGCGAGUCAUUUAUGGUGGCAGACUGAAACACCUGGUCAUCCGUCCGGACUGGCGACAAAUUCCUCCUCGGCGACGGGGAACAGUGUUGCUGCGGCCAGCGGUAGCACGCCUCCCACCAACGGAUCCAACCCGAAGGAGAACAAGCCAAUCCUUCUCAAAGAUGGCAAACGAGUCCUCGAAUGUCUGCAAAAAUCCCUCCGCAUCGCCAAUUCAUGCAUAGACGAACGCAGCACAGUCGAAAUCUUCUGUUCCGCUCUCGACCAGUAUCUCUACUAUUUCGAGCAAAGGGUGGAAGCGGUUGCGCCGAAGUAUAUCAAUUCGUUGGUGGAGUUGAUUUCGAAUGGGUUGGAUUCGUUAAUGUCUUCGGAAGCUGAUGGUGGGGCAACGACUCAUCCAGCGAUUGUGGGUGGUGGGUUUUUGGAGUUGCCAACAACGCCGGAUAGUUGUCUGAGACAUUUCAGGAGUCAGUUGCAGUAUAUCAAAACGAGGAAAGAGGCUAGUGCUUUGGCGCUGGCGAAUACGAAUGCUGGGGAAAGUGGGGCUAGUAGUGGGCCGGAUUGGGGUGCGGUGCAGAUUGGGCCGAGUUUGACAAAGUUUGGUCUCAAGUAG